UUUUUUUUUUUUUUUGCCUUUGUGUUUUGGGAGUUGCUGCCUCAGGAUGUUUGGGAUGUUCUGCUAGAGCUUAGAACUUUCUUCCAGUGCUACCAAGCAGGUGAAGGGACAAUGUCCUCACGUGGCUCUGGACUGCCCCUGGGGCUCGAUGCCCAGCCCAGCUGCAGCACCCCAGUGCCUGUACCCAGGAAUUCCCUCCUGGCACAGCCUCUCCCUGCCCCGUGGAGCUGCUCCCUCACCCUGCUCGGCCAGGAGGACACCGUGGAGAGCUGCAGAGGGAGCUCCUGUGAGCUGGGGGUGGCCCUGCUGGAGCCCUCGUGCCCCGGCCCCGACCCGCAGCUGGUGCGCAGGAUCGUGGCCCAGGUGGAGUUCUACCUGUCCGACGAGAACCUGGCCAAGGACGCCUUCCUGCUCAAACACGUGCAGAAGAACAAGAUGGGCUUUGUCAGCAUCAAGCUGCUGACAUCCUUCAAGAAGGUGAAAUACCUGACCCGGGACUGGCGCCUCACCCUCUACGCCCUCAAGUUCUCGGCGCUGCUGGAGGUGAACAAGGAGGGCACCAAAGUGCGGCGGCGCCUGCCCAUCCCCGAGUACCUGCUGAGCGUCCCCCCCAGCAAGCUGCUGCUGGCCUGGGAGCUGCAGCCGCGGGAGCAGGACCUGCCCCUGCAGAAAAACUUCCUGGACACCAUCACGAGGAUGUUCAGCCCCUUCGGCGCCAUCGCCUCCAUCCGCCUGCUGCGGCCGGGCCGCAAGCUGCCCUCGGACGUGCGCAGGUACUCGGCGCGCUUCCCCGAGCUGCUGAGCCGCUGCUGUGCCCUGGUGGAGUACGAGAGCCUGGAGAGCGCCCGCAGCGCCGCCGAGAGCCUGGGGCAGCGCGACUGGCACGGCGUCAGGGUGGUGCGGCUGUGCGGCAAGGGCGGCCGCAGGAGAGCCGCGGAGGAGCGGGCGGCUGCGAGAGCUCCACCCGCACCUGCGGCCUUCCCCCGCAGCCUGGAGGGUUCCCUGCUCCAGCCCGAGGGGGCCGCGGGGUCGCUGUCCCUCCUCCUGAGCCGGGAGCUGCCGGCACCGAGCUGGCCCGGGGCAGACCCGGGAGAUGGCAGCGGGUUCCCCGGCUCGCUGCUCCCUCCGCUCGGGCUGGGCGCCGAGAGCCGCCCGGGGGGCUCCUGGACACCCUGGGGCAGCCUCCUCUGUCCCAAAGCUCCCCCCAGCCGUGGGCAGGGGGUGUCCGAGCCCCUCAGCCUGUGGGACGGGGUCCUGCCCCACGGCCCCGAGGGCACCGAGGGCUCCGGCUGCAGCCUCGGGAGAGGAGAGCUCGUCCUGCGGCGCUGAGACUCCUUCAGAUCCAGGGCUAGGGUUUGUCAUGGUCUUUCUUUUCCCUUCUUCUUUCGAGGGGAAGGCUUUGCUAUGGCCCUGCGAGCUGUGGGCAGUGCAGUGCAGCUGAUCCAGGGAACAGGUUUUGGGGCAAGGGCGAUGCUCGAGGCAGAGGCUGAGCAGCAGCAGGAGCUGUGCUGUGCUCAUGCCGGUGAGACUGUGCUUGCUCAGGGCCCAGGGCUGGGCUUGGGGUCCAGGUUUUGGAUGAGAAAUGGACAAUAAAGAGAGAUGAAGU